GUGAGUUCCGUAACAUUUAUGUUGCGCAUGUUUCAAGGCGCUUCGAGUUUCAAUCAAGACAUUGGCAAUUGGGACGUACGCAACGUGUACAAUAUGGAGGGGAUGUUUUACGGCGCGUCGAAGUUUGCGCAAGAUAUCUCCAAGUGGGAUUCCGCGAGUGUGUUCGAUAUGUCUGAAGCCUUCUCGGGCGCACGCGACUUCAAUGGCAAUAUCGAAAACUGGAACGUUGCUUCAGUCACGAGUAUGUUCCGCAUGUUCUACGGCGCGCGUCGAUUCCGGGGCUCUUUGAAACUUUGGAACGUCGCCCAGGUUGAAGACAUGAACCAGAUGUUUUCCAACGCCUAUAAAUUUAACGGAGACUUGGGGGAUUGGAACGUGAGAUCAGUCACAGACUUUUAUAAAAUGUUUGACGACGCUUGGAUAGACUUCAACGCGUCAAUCGGAUCUUGGAAUGUCGCGCAAGUCGGGACGAUGGUGAAAAUGUUUCAAUAUGCGACAAGUUUUGAUCAGGAUUUGUCGUCAUGGAACGUGAAAAAAGUUCAGAACAUGCAAUACAUGUUCAAUGGCGCGCGCGCAUUCUCGCGCGAUUUGCGAAAGUGGACGUGGGAUGUUUCCUCGGUUACGACCGCUUACGGGAUGUUCCAUUCCACCUACUUUCUGAAUCCAAGCUAUCGUUCGCCUGCGUGGAACACGGCGUCUGCUACGGACAUGUCAGAAAUGUUCGCGUACAAUCGAAAUUUCAAUCAAAACCUAAGCGAUUGGAACGUCUCCAACGUCAAGAGCUUUCAUCGGAUGUUUGCUUUCGCCAAAAGUUUCAAUCAAGAUCUGAAUUCGUGG